ACAAGAUGGAGCUCAGUCCACUGCCUGUGAUGCUCUUGCUGAUUUCACUCAUACCAGUGGUCCAGGCUCAAGGGAGUCCUAAAGCUGUGGUGUCCAUAAAGCCUGAUACACAUGUGUUCACUGGAGAGGCUGUUACUCUCAUAUGUGUCAUACAGGGAGGAGGAAACACUCAGUGGACUUACAGCUGGAAUAAAGAUAAUAAACUCUAUUCAAAUGGAAAUAAGAGAGAUUUCAUAGACAAAACAAUGCAGGUGUUCAGAAUCAGGUCUGUUGAAGACUCUGACAGUGGAACCUACAGCUGCAGAGGACAUGGGGGAUACAAUCAGAGCUCAGUGAUCAGUGAUGAUGUUACACUGACUGUAUCAGUAAAACCCAAACCGACUGUGAGAGUGAAUCCUCAGAGCUCCGUCUACACUGGAGACACCGUCACUCUGAGCUGUGACCUGCAGCAGGGGACUGGAUGGAAGUUUCAAUGGUACAGAAAUAAUCAGUGGCUACAGAAUCUGAACAGUGAGCAAGUGAACACACUUAAUGUGACAGUCGAUAAUGCAGGAGAAACAGAGUACACGUGUGAAGCAUACAGGAGAAACUACAAGUACUACUCCACAGAGCUCAGUGAUCCUGUCAAGAUUACAGUGAGAGUAAAACCCAAACCGACUGUGAGAGUGAAUCCUCAGAGCUCCGUCUACACUGGAGACACCGUCACUCUGAGCUGUGACCUGCAGCAGGGGACUGGAUGGGAGUUUCAAUGGUACAAAAAUAAUCAGGAGUUAUGGGAUCUGAACAGUGAACAAGUGAACACACUUAAUGUGACAGUCGAUAAUGCAGGAGAAACAGAGUACCGGUGUUGGGCACACAGGAGAAACUACAACUACUAUGACUCCUACUACUCCACAGAGCUCAGUGAUCCUGUCAAGAUUACAGUGAGAGUAAAACCCAAACCGACUGUGAGAGUGAAUCCUCAGAGCUCCGUCUACACUGGAGACACCGUCACUCUGAGCUGUGAGCUGCAGCAGGGGACUGGAUGGGAGUUUUACUGGUAUAGAAAUAAUCAGUUGUUACAGAAUCUGAACAGUAAACAAGUGAACACACUUAAUGUGACAGUCGAUAAUGCAGGAGAAACAGAGUACAAGUGUCGAGCAUACAGGAGAAACUACAACUACUACUAUGACAACUACCAAACAGAGUUCAGCGAUCCUGUCAAGAUUACAGUGAGAGUAAAACCCAAACCGACUGUGAGAGUGAAUCCUCAGAGCUCCGUCUACACUGGAGACACCGUCACUCUGAGCUGUGAGCUGCAGCAGGGGACUGGAUGGGAGUUUUACUGGUACAAUAAUAAUCAGCUGUUACAGAAUCUGAACAUUGAACAAGUGAACACACUUAAUGUGACAGUCGAUAAUGCAGGAGAAACAGAGUACAAGUGUGGAGCAUACAGGAUAAACUACAACAACAACUACUACUACACAGAGCUCAGUGAUCCUGUCAAGAUUACAGUGAGAGUAAAACCCAAACCGACUGUGAGAGUGAAUCCUCAGAGCUCCGUCUACACUGGAGACACCGUCACUCUGAGCUGUGAGCUGCAGCAGGGGACUGGAUGGGAGUUUUACUGGUACAGAAAUAAUCAGCGGUUACAGAAUCUGAACAGUGAGCAAGUGAACACACUUAAUGUGACAGUCGAUAAUGUCGGAGAAACAGAGUACACGUGUCGAGCACGCAGGAGAAACUACAAGUACUACUACUACACAGAGUACAGUGAUCCUGUCAAGAUUACAGUGAGAGUAAGACCCAAACCGACUGUGAGAGUGAAUCCUCAGAGCUCCGUCUACACUGGAGACACCGUCACUCUGAGCUGUGAGCUGCAGCAGGGGACUGGAUGGGAGUUUUACUGGUACAUAAAUAAUAAUCAGUGGUUACAGAAUCAGAACAGUGAACAAGUGAACACACUUAAAGUUACAGUCGAUAAUGCAGGAGAAACAGAGUACACGUGUCGAGCAUACAGGAGAAACUACUACAACUACUACUAUGACUACUACUACACAGAGCUCAGUGAUCCUGUCAAGAUUACAGUGAGAGUAAGACCCAAACCGACUGUGAGAGUGAAUCCUCAGAGCUCCAUCUACACUGGAGACACCGUCACUCUGAGCUGUGACCUGCAGCAGGGGACUGGAUGGGAGUUUUACUGGUACAAAAAUAAUCGGUGGUUACAGAAUCAGAACAGUGAACAAGUGAACACACUUAAUGUUACAGUCGAUAAUGCAGGAGAAACAGAGUACCGGUGUUGGGCACACAGGAUAAACAACAACAACAACUACUACACAGCGCUCAGUGAUCCUGUCAAGAUUACAGUGAGAGUAAAACCCAAACCGACUGUGAGAGUGAAUCCUCAGAGCUCCGUCUACACUGGAGACACCGUCACUCUGAGCUGUGACCUGCAGCAGGAGACUGGAUGGGAGUUUUACUGGUACAAAAAUAAUAAUCAGAAUCUGAACAGUGAACAAGUGAACACACUUAAAGUGACAGUCGAUAAUGCAGGAGAAACAGAGUACAAGUGUCGGGCACACAGGAUAAACUACAACUACUACACAGAGUUCAGUGAUCCUGUCAAGAUUACAGUGAGAGUAAGACCCAAACCGACUGUGAGAGUGAAUCCUCAGAGCUCCGUCUACACUGGAGACACCGUCACUCUGAGCUGUGAGCUGCAGCAGGGGACUGGAUGGGAGUUUUACUGUUACAAAAAUAAUCAGUGGUUACAGAAUCUGAACAGUGAACAAGUGAACACACUUAAAGUGACAGUCGAUAAUGCAGGAGAAACAGAGUACCGGUGUCAAGCAUACAGGAUAAACUACAACAACAACAACUACUACACAGAGCUCAGUGAUCCUGUCAAGAUUACAGUGAGAGUAAAACCUAAAGUGACUGUGAGAGUGAAUCCUCAGAGCUCCGUCUACACUGGAAACACCGUCACUCUGAGCUGUGAGAUGCAGCAGGGGACUGGAUGGGAGAUUCAAUGGUACAAAAAUAAUCAGCUGUUACAGAAUCUGAACAGUGAACAAGUGAACACACUUAAAGUGACAGUCAAUAAUGCAGGAGAAACAGAGUACCGGUGUUGGGCACACAGGAUAAACAACAACAUCUAUUACAUGACACAAUUCAGUGAUCCUGUCAAGAUAACAGUGAGAGUAAAACCCAAACCGACUGUGAGAGUGAAUCCUCAGAGCUCCGUCUACACUGGAGACACCGUCACUCUGAGCUGUGAGCUGCAGCAGGGGACUGGAUGGAAGUUUUACUGGUACAAAAAUAAUCAGUGGCUACGGACCAGUGAACAAGUGAACACACUUAAUGUGACAGUCGAUAAUGCAGGAGAAACAGAGUACCGGUGUCAAGCAUACAGGAUAAACUACAACAACGACAACUACUACACAGAGCUCAGUGAUCCUGUCAAGAUUACAGUGAGAGUAAAACCCAAACCGACUGUGAGAGUGAAUCCUCAGAGCUCCGUCUACACUGGAGACACCGUCACUCUGAGCUGUGAGCUGCAGCAGGGGACUGGAUGGGAGUUUUACUGGUACAGAAAUAAUCAGCUGUUACAGAAUCUGAACAGUGAACAAGUGAACACACUUAAUGUGACAGUCGAUAAUGCAGGAGAAACAGAGUACCGGUGUUGGGCACACAGGAUAAACAACAGCAUCUAUUACAUGACACAAUUCAGUGAUCCUGUCAAGAUAACAGUGAGAGUAAAACCCAAACCGACUGUGAGAGUGAAUCCUCAGAGCUCCGUCUACACUGGAGACACUGUCACUCUGAGCUGUGACCUGCAGCAGGGGACUGGAUGGAAGUUUCAAUGGUACAAUAAUAAUCAGCUGUUAUGGGAUCUGAACAGUGAACAAGUGAACACACUUAAAGUGACAGUCGAUAAUGCAGGAGAAACAGAGUACAAGUGUCGGGCACACAGGAUAAACUACAACUACUACUUCACAGAGUUCAGUGAUCCUGUCAAGAUUACAGUGAGAGUAAAACCCAAACCGACUGUGAGAGUGAAUCCUCAGAGCUCCGUCUACACUGGAGACACCGUCACUCUGAGCUGUGAGCUGCAGCAGGGGACUGGAUGGGAGUUUUACUGGUACAAAAAUAAUCAGUUGUUACAGAAUCUGAACAGUGAACAAGUGAACACACUUAAUGUGACAGUCGAUAAUGCAGGAGAAACAGAGUACCGGUGUUGGGCACACAGGAUAAACAACUACAACUAUUACAUGACACAAUUCAGUGAUCCUGUCAAGAUAACAGUGAGAGUAAAACCCAAACCGACUGUGAGAGUGAAUCCUCAGAGCUCCGUCUACACUGGAGACACCGUCACUCUGAGCUGUGACCUGCAGCAGGGGACUGGAUGGGAGUUUUACUGGUACAAAAAUAAUCAGGAGUUACAGAAUCUGAACAGUGAACAAGUGAACACACUUAAAGUGACAGUCGAUAAUGCAGGAGAAACAGAGUACAAGUGUCAAGCAUACAGGAGAAACUACUAUGACUACUACUAUGAGUACUACUACACAGAGCUCAGUGAUCCUGUCAAGAUUACAGUGAGAGUAAAACCCAAACUGACUGUGAGAGUGAAUCCUCAGAGCUCCGUCUACACUGGAGACACCGUCACUCUGAGAUGUGACAUACAGGAUGAAAGUGUCUCUAGCUGGCAGUACAGCUGGUAUAAAGAUACUUCACACAGUCCUGUCAGUAGUGAACAGGUGUACAGUAUCAGUGGUGUUGAAGUGACCCACACAGGUACAUACACCUGUAGAGGAACAGAGAGAGGAGGCUCACGCUCCUCACACUCCAGUGAUGUUAUUACACUGACUGUAUCAGAGAGACCACAGGCAGUACUGAGUGUAUCUCCACACAGCUGGCUGACUGAAGGAGACUCAGUGACUCUAAGCUGUGAGGUUACAGACUCCUCUACAGACUGGACAUUCAGCUGGUACACAGUUGUUCCCUACAGAGACGGAUUAACUGAAAUAAAGAAUAAUCGUGGCUAUAUCGUGCAUGUGGAGCUCCUCUCAGACAGCAGCAGAGGAUCUGGAGGCAACUACACUCUCAGUCCUGCUGCUCUUAAUCACACAGGAGUUUAUAUGUGCAGAGGAGAGAGAGGAGAACCAGCCUUUUACACACAGUACAGCAAUCUACAGCCACUAUGGAUCACUGGUGAAUCUCCUCCAGUCUCUCUGAUCAUCAAUCCCAGCAGAACUCAACACUUUACUAAAGACUCUCUGUCACUGAGCUGUGAGGACCAGAGUAAGUCUACUGGAUGGACAGUGAGACGAUACACACACAGUGAGAGAGUGUUAGAUUGUUCACACUGGGGAUCAGUUACAGGAUCUACAUGUAACAUCAGCUUCCUCUCCACAUCCUACACUGGAGUUUACUGGUGUGUGUCUGAAUCUGGAGAAAACAGUAAUCCUGUCAACAUCACAGUGCAUGAUGGUGAUGUGAUCCUGGAGAGUCCUGUCCAUCCUGUGACUGAGGGACAUCCUCUGACUCUACGCUGUUUAUAUCACAACCCAAAUCCCUCAAUCCUCCGAGCUGAUUUCUAUAAAGAUGGAUCAGUUCUCCAGAACCAGUCUACAGGAGAGAUGAUCAUCCAAACUGUCUCAAAGUCAGAUGAAGGUUUCUACCACUGUAAACACCCAGAGAGAGGAGAGUCACUGAAAAGCUGGGUCUCAGUCAGAUUCUCAGGUCCUAUAUCCAAUGAUGGAACAUUCGGACUGGUUGUUGGUUUGGGAUUUUUGUUCAUCGCUUUUCUGAUCUUAAUGAUGCUGCUGUGGUCCUACAAAAGAAAAAAAGAAAAGCAGAAAACCAAUCAGACAUCAGAACUGAAUCAGAACCAGUCAGGAGCUGAAGAUUCUCAGUCAGGACACACACCACUUCAGGCUGGGAGUGCUAAUAUUUAUGACACUGUGGAUGAGUCAGCCAUAAGAGUAACAGGUGCUUACACUGAUGUGACUUAUGCUGAGAUUGAACUGAAACCAAUGCUAAAAACAAAGAGAAUAAAAGGUGCUUACACUGAUGUGACUUAUGCUGAGAUUGAACUGAAACCAAUGCUAAAAACAAAGAGAAUAAAAGAGACGGCCAUUGUGGGUGAUGAGCCUGUAUACUCACUGGUGCAGAUGCACGUGAAGUGAGCCGUAUGUCUAUGUACACUGAUGAAGCCAGUGUCAUCAAAUAGAUUGUGUUUGCCUUCUGUUUUUUUCCCCUGAAAUAUUCAGCUGUUUAUCUUUUAAUUUGAUAUUUUAUUGGAUGAAGCCACUUGAUGGAGCAAUUCAUUGGCUUACAUUACAUUACCUGUACAGCUCUGAGCUGGUCUUGGAAAGGGGCAGCCUGCCUACAGCUGGGGACCAUUUUGUCCAUAAUGGUGGAAUUGGUCUGCUCUUCAGUAGAGUAGCAUUAAAAUGUAAUUUAUGUCAGGAUUCUGUUGCACAGUUAUGCCAAAAUGUGGCUAAAUUAAACACAUUAGUUUGGUUUUAA